GUGGGGGAGUCAUCCAUUGUGAUCGAGGAUUAGCCUAGUGCUGCGGUAUAAAGCGUCAGUUUAAUCUCAGCACCUGUCAUACUCUUUUCUCAAUCUCCAUCAAACAACAGAUAGCAGCAUAGUUGCUGUAUGUGUGCGUUCAUAGAAGGAAUAAAAAUAAGAGACAAGAAAAAAAACAAGACAGAAGCAUCUUUUUCGAGAAGAGAAAUUACACCUUUUGGACGUCGUCAGGAACUUAAGACUGAGUCAUGACCCAAGGGAAGAUCUCUGUGACAAACAAGACUGCCAAUGAGCAGCAAGGGGGAGGUGUUAUGCCAGCUGCCCCGCCAAGCUAUGAGGAGGCGACAGCAGGAUCAAGCCCCAGUUACAGUGCGAGUUACCUUGGUGAUGGGGAGAUGCUGACAGAAUUCACCUGGGAUGACAAGAACAUUAGGCGGAUUUUCAUCCGCAAGGUUUACGCUAUCCUGAUGAUCCAGCUGCUCGUCACCAUGGCCAUCGUGGCCCUCUUCACAUUCUGCGAGCCAGUGAGGUUCUACAUUCAGACCCACCCUGGAUGGUACUGGGCUUCAUACAUUGUGUUUUUUGCCACCUACCUGACACUGUCUUGCUGUGCAGGACCCCGGAGGCAGUUUCCAUGGAACUUGAUCCUGCUGGCCAUCUUUACUCUGGCUCUCUCUUAUAUGACAGGAAUGCUAUCCAGUUUCUACAACACCAAGUCUGUGGUGCUCUGUCUUGGGAUCACUGCCCUGGUCUGUCUGUGUGUCACCGUCUUCAGCUUCCAGACCAAGCUCGAUUUCACUUCCUGCCUGGGCGUGCUCUUCACCUUAUCCAUGGUCCUGUUCGUAUGUGGGAUCGUCUUGGCCAUUGUCAUCCCUUUCGGAUACGUGCCCUGGUUACAUGCCAUCUACGGUGCUCUCGGAGCAAUACUCUUCACUAUGUUCCUGGCGUUUGACACCCAGCUGCUGAUGGGGAACAAGCGGUACUCCAUGAGCCCUGAGGAGUACGUCUUCGCCACGCUCAGCAUCUACCUGGACAUCAUCUACAUCUUCUCCUUCUUCCUCCAACUGUUCGGGACGGGCCGGGAGUGAUCCUGGCACCCCGGAGCAUUGCAUGACCCGAAAGGCACUCCACUGUGAUCGUCCGUACACUUCACUCUCCGGGUCCAGGUCCUUUCCGGGUCUCUCACCUUCUCACCAAUCGAGUGAGCCCUCACAUCCCCCUUGCAUGAUAGGUUUGUAAACCUUCGCUGACCAGCAUCACUUCUCCCAGUCUUAAUACACAUUUGUGACGUCAGCCAUUUUGUCUUUUAGACUGUCUAAAACUAUCAAACAAUUGAUUGUGCUCCAGUCAGUUCAAGACCUAAAGCUUUGUCUCAUUGGUCCACUCUCGUGCUUUACACCACUGCCUCACCAAUCACAUACUCCCAGCAGGGCUGCCUGUUUUCAGUAUUUAUUUUUCCAUUACCGCUCCACCAGCAGGGCUUUGAGCCAAAAAUGAGCCACAAUAUCAUGAGCUAUGAACAUAAUGAAUUGCGGUGAAAUCUGAAACAGCACGUCUUCACUUGGAAGAGAAUGAUGGCUAGAUCUCUGUAAUGCUAUUACAGAAGCAACCCAAACCAAACAGUAGAAAAAUCCAUUGAACACAGCAGCUGUAUGCAGAUAUUCAUUCCUAAAGCUGACUAUAAAACAAGCUCUAACACGGUACAAAACUUCCAGUUCUCUGCUGUGUUUGUCCUGUGGUAGCUGUGUGCUGUAACAGAGAAAAUAACUGUACCAUUUGUGUUUUGGGUAUUAAUGUAACCUGGGGAAUGGAACUGGUAAAAUGAUAAAUUAGUGACAAUCUGCUGAUCAAUAAUACAAAUCUGAUCCAGUUACUGAAUAUGACCGAAAUCUGAUCCAGUAACUGAAUAUGAUCAAAACAUUUUAUAUUUGUUAUUUAAUAAAUUUGGCACUCAACCUGGGUCUGAACUUGUCCAAACCCCACCCUAAUUUGGAAUGUCCAGCGAUCUACAACUGCAGCCGUGUCCACACAUGAAGCUCAUCUCUUCUCCUGUCCGUUGUUCAAUGCUUUCACUCCUACUGUAUGUUUGUUCCUGUGUUCUCUACUACUUGAAUUUUACUCUCUAAAAAACCACUAAUUGCACUCUGUAGUUUGAGUAUUGAAUUUUUCUGUGUUGUUUGUCCUUUCUGUGUUUUGUUUUGUUUCCAAAAUAUAGUAUGGUGUCUUAGCCAAAGCAUGUUUGUAAAAUGUAUAUAAUAUGAUGCUUCGUUGUCAUACACUGAUCUUUAUGAACCAAGAGCUUUAGUCUCAGAUUAGUUCAAGUACAUCACGAAGGGAAUAGCAGUUUUAUGCUACCUACUUUUGGUAAUUUGAUCAUUUUGUGCAAAUGAAGUACCCCCCCCACCCCCACUGCAAAGAACAGAGCCAACUGAUGCUAAGCAAUAUAAUAUAUGUAUGAGCCAAGUAAGAGUGCUAAGCAGAGUCAAUCUGCAAGAAUAAAGAAAAUAGAAAAUGAAUGCAUUUCAGUUUUAAUACCAGCAAACCUAGAUAUAACAUAACAGUCAAUACCAUUAUAAAGCUUUGGUCAUGGUAGUACUGGUGCCGGUGACUACAGCAUGUUCUUUGUUUUGUUCCAUGUUGCUUGACCUUAACAUCAGUCAUGUUAGCUCAGUCUACCAUGCAUGGUCAGUGAAUGCUGUUCUUGUAUGCAUGCAAACUCUUGUCUCAUCAAGGUAGUUUUUCAUGUCAGUAUAGUCUUGUUGAAAUUACCAUAGAUUACACCGGCAUCAAGACCAUUGUGGUGCUUCUUGAAUUAUAUGGGAAAGACCACCGACGUCUGAACAAUCCCAUGUGUUAAUAUCUCUUUUAAAAGCAUUGUGCAUAAGUGCAUAAGUGGGCAUGAAAAACUAAACUGUCAAUAUUAAUUUAGUUCAGACUUUCAGAUAUACAUUGCAAUUUUGUGUUUAUUUGGAAAAAAGAUAAUAAAAGAUCAUCAAAGUUUGUGCUUAAUGCCAAAAUCAUUGUAUUGGUAAAGAAACAUAGUACAGCACAGCGGUCAGUUACAAUUAAAUACUGAGAUAACUUUACAUUCAGGGCAAUGGUGUGCUUGGCUUUUACAGGGGAUGUUAAUGGAAUAUACAGUAGAUACCUACUCUCUAAGUGAUGUCUAUGCAGCUUCACUCAUUCAGAGUUCAGGGGCACUUUACCCUGCAUUAGCUAUUCACUAACUGUGUUGUAUGUGGCCUUUGGAAUAAUAAUUCCAUAACUGCCAUGAAAUGUAAAUGUGAGAUGAGAUGCAAAGUUCUUUAAGACAUAGUUUAAGGUCAAUGCUUGUUUUUGUCUUCCCACAAAAUCUUCAAAGAAAUAUUACAUUUGUAUCAGAUAACCACAGUACUAAGAAAGAGCAACUGUGCUAUUUUUGUGAGAUAAUGAAGAGAUUAUGCUUUUUCCCAAUGUUCCAGAUAUAUGGUAUGUGUCCAAUUCAUUGUAUGAACUGAAACACACAUGCUGUAUAUUUUACUGUGUAUUUAUUUACUUUCAUAUUUAUUGGGGGGAAAUGAAGGAAGAAUGUAUUUUCUGUAAGUUGAAAAUAAAUGAUGCAAUACUGA